CCUGAUUCACGUUGUGUGACAAAUCCAAGGAGGAGAAUCUGGUGAAAUAGUACUCGUAUUAACAAACGUACUCUAGCUAGUUGAGUGCAAACUAACUCGUUGAAUUAAAAAGAUUAUUAUUUUUCGUUGGCAACUCAUAUAGAGUAAAUAAUUGUAAGCAUUUCAGCUUAUAAUGGCUGCUGUUGACAGCUUCCAGCUUUUGUAUAGAGAAAUUGCCAGAUCGUGCAGUUGUUAUGUGGAAACGCUGGCGCUCGUGGGUGCGUGUUACACAGCCAGCAAGGCUGUGAUAUUUAUGAGGGACUGCUAUAGUCUGAUAAGGCUUCACUUUAUUCCUCGUCUUGUCUCCCAUAGAGAUCUUAGUCAGCAGUAUGGACAAUGGGCUCUUAUAUGUGGUGCUUCAGAGGCAAUAGCAAAGGCAUAUGCAGAGGAACUGGCCAGGCAUGGCAUCUGUGUGAUUCUGAUCAGCAGUGACACCAGUAACUUAGCUGACACUGCCAAAGCCAUUUCAGACACAUACGGGGUAGAGGCCAUUUUAAUUGAAGCUGAUUUCAGUCAGGGCCACUCAGCCUGCAAACCUAUCAAAGAUGCCAUUAGCGGUAAAGAUAUUGGAGUUAUUGUUAACAGUCUGGAUGGAUCUCUGGACCUCUCUCAAGGAUUUAUGGACAUAUCUGAGUCUAUGUUGUGGGACACUAUCAAUAGAAAUAUAGUAGCUGCCACUCUUGUCACCCGUAUGGCACUGCCCAAUAUGGUGGAAAGGGGAAAAGGAGCAGUGGUCAACAUUUCUGAUGGGCGCUGCUUGUGUCCGACUUCCAGAAAGGCUGCUCUUUCUGCAUCUACGGCUUUUCUUGAUAACUUCAGUCGCUCUCUGCACUAUGAAUAUGGCCAUCGAGGAGUCUUUGUGCAGAGUUUGCUGCCUUUUAGAGUCUCAUCUCAAGCAUCUGAGGGUUACAGUCCUGUUGGCUGGCUGGAGCCGAGCCCACAAGUGUAUGCCAGCCAUGCUCUUUCAACUCUAGGCAUCUCUCACCGAACCACGGGAUACUGGCCUCACGCCAUACAGUUUCGACUGGUGCAGUGCAUGCCAGAGUGGGUAUGGAUGCUGGGAUCACGCAUAUUCACGAGGGCCACCUAACAGGGAUGUUUCCCCUCCAUGUGAAAGACCAAGUUGAUUUUGCAAAGUUGAUUUUGACCAGACUCAGAAUAACAUGAGUGAUGAAAGGGUUGAAACUGAAAAUCAACUACUCACCCAGUCCCUUUACCGCCUUAUACUGAGUUCUGAGUGAAAUGCCUCAUUUUUUUCAGUAUAUUUGUUUGCACAAAUAUAAAAAAGUUGCUCGAGAGGUUGGAACGUGAUAACAAAUCUAUAAUGUUUAUUUACUACUGUUUUUUUCUUUUUCUUUAAUCCAUUCUUUAUUUAUUUGCAAAGGUCAGAUUCAUAUAUUAAAAAAAGAAGUUUUAAAUUAAAUAUUUAUUUUAGAUUCCAAGUGUUUUUGAGUGUACUGGCUAUACUCAAUACAGUAGAUAUUGAGUAUAUAUUACUACAGUGUAUCUAAUUUCUUUGUUGCAACUAUGAAAUUAUCAAUAAAAAGCUCAAA